CUUUUUUUUUUUGCGGGUUUUCCACUUCUCCCAUGAUGGCUCAAGAAGAACCCCAUGCCAAGGUGACCUCCAUCUUCAUCUACCCCAUCAAAUCAUGCCGGGGUAUCUCUGUAUCGCAAGCACCAAUCUCUCCAACUGGGUUCAGAUGGGAUAGACAGUGGUUGGUUGUGAAUGGCAAAGGUAGGGCUUAUACACAGAGAGUGGAACCCAGGCUUGCUUUGGUUCAGGUAGAGCUUCCGGAGGAUGCGUUUGAUGAGGAUUGGGAGCCUGUUGGAAGCUCAAAUUUGGUAAUACGAGCCCCUGGAAUGGACAUUUUGAAGAUUCCUUUAAAAAGAACAUGCAAAGUGAUUGAUGGUGUCUCUGUUUGGGAGUGGGCUGGUUCUGCCUUUGACGAAGGAGAUGAAGCAUCCAAAUGGUUUUCUGAUUUCAUUGGGAAGCCAAGCCGUUUAGUUCGUUUUAAUACCUCAUCACAAACCAGAUAUGUAGAUCCUAAAUAUGCCCAAGGAUACAAAACCAUGUUCUCUGACGGGUACCCUUUCUUGCUGAUAUCCCAGGGGUCACUCAAUGCAUUGAAUGAACUUCUUGGCGAACCAGUUUCAAUUAAUCGUUUCAGACCAAAUAUUCUUGUUGAUGGAUGUGAACCAUUUUCUGAGGAUAUAUGUAAAUCAGUGAAGUUAAACAAGCUGAGUUUCAAUGGAGUGAAGUUAUGCUCUCGUUGUAAGGUCCCGACAAUCAACCAAGAAAACGGGAUAGGCGGGAUCGAACCAACACAGACUCUAAUGAAGUUCCGCUCGGACCGUGUUUUGCACUUGAAGGGGAAGCAUCAAGGGAAGGUUUAUUUUGGACAAAAUCUAGUUUGUAAGGAAUCACUCACUGGUUCAAGCAAAGAUAAAGUUGUUAAGGUGGGAGAUCCAGUGUUUGUCCUUGAGAAAUUCUCUUCAAGUGCUGAUGCACCAAUCUAAGUAACUGUUUAGCAUGAUUUAAAUGUUUGGGAACUUCAAGUGAUGUUGUUUCUUUUUCUUCAAUAAUUUGUCAAAUGAAUGGAAAACCAGGUUUAAAUGGAGUUGUUCUUUUCUUGUUUUGCCCA